CAAAUGCCACAUAACUUGUAUUGUAUAAGAAGGGGAACAGAGUAACGUGUAUUGAUUGGUAUCUUCAUCAAUUUAGUAACCACCAAACCCUAAUUUCACCAUAAAUCUCUCAAUCUGCCGAUCAAUUCCCCAAAAUCAUCACAUCAUUCCGGUGAAUCCGAUCUCUUCAUCAAUCUAAUCGCCGAUUCUGACCGUCAAUUUGAGUUGUUUCAGAUCACACAAAAUCACUUAGGGUUUUGAGAGAUUUUGCAAUACGCAUGAGCUGCUUGUGGAAUCUGUCCUGUAAUUCGUCUAAUUCGAAUCACUUCAUCACUUGUUUGCUUCUGUUUGUUCUUCAUCACUCGCCUCAAUUGACCUCUGCUUCCAAUUUUCAAUUCAACAAACCCUUGGAUUACAGAAGUCGUGUUGAUCGCUUGUUGCUGUUGUUGUUACUGUUUUUGUUGCAAGUGAUUCGAUCGUUUGGUGUAAUAUUAUCAUCAUCGCAGCAUGGAUUCAGGUGGAGACAAGAGUAAUCCCCAAUUGAAACAAGCAAUCUGCUAUUCAAACGUUGCAUCAAGGCGUUCAGCCUCACCAUCUGUUAUCGUGAUUGGUGGUGGCUUUGCUGGCAUAUCUGCUGCUCGUGCACUUCAUGAUGCUUCAUUUCAGGUUACUGUACUUGAAUCGCGUAACAGAAUUGGUGGUCGCGUUCGUACCGAUUACUCAUUUGGUUUUCCCGUGGACUUAGGUGCAUCAUGGUUGCAUGGGGUUUGUAAUGAAAAUCCUUUGGCACCAGUUAUCGGAAGACUCGGGCUACCUUUAUACCGGACCAGUGGUGACAACUCAGUUUUAUAUGACCAUGAUUUGGAGAGCUAUGCGUUGUUUGAUAUGGACGGAAAUCAAGUUCCUCAAGAAUUAGUCUCACAGGUUGGAAUAACGUUCGAGACCAUAUUGGAAGAGACUAAUAAAGUGAGGGACGAGGUCACCGAAGACAUGUCUAUACGACAAGCAAUAUCAAUUGUGUUUGAAAGAAAUCCAAAACUAAGGUUAGAGGGGCUUCCUUACAAGGUGUUACAGUGGUACUUGUGUAGAAUGGAAGGCUGGUUUGCCGCAGAUGCUGAAACCAUCUCUCUUAAAUGCUGGGACAAGGAAGAAUUGCUUCCUGGUGGGCAUGGGCUUAUGGUGCGCGGUUAUCUUCCAGUUAUAAAUACACUUGCUAAAGGCCUCGACAUCAGAUUAGGUCACAGGGUUACAAAGAUAAAUAGACGUAAAAACGGCGUGAAGGUAACAAUUGAAAAUGGAACCACAUUUUUUGCGGAUGCCGCCGUUAUUGCCGUACCACUUGGUGUUUUAAAGUCAAAUUUUAUUAAGUUUGAACCAAGAUUGCCCCAGUGGAAAGAAGAAGCCAUAGCUGACCUUGGAGUGGGAAUAGAGAACAAAAUAAUUUUGCAUUUUGACCGAGUUUUUUGGCCGAAUGUUGAAUUUUUAGGAGUAGUUGCACAGACUUCUUAUGGUUGUAGCUACUUUCUUAAUCUUCACAAGGCGACAGGUCAUCCUGUUCUAGUUUAUAUGCCUGCAGGACAGCUGGCGAAAGACAUUGAGAAAUUAUCGGAUGAUGAUGCGGCUAAUUUUGCUUUUAUACAUCUCAAAAAGAUUCUUCCUGAUGCUUCUGCCCCUAUUCAGCAUCUGGUUUCUCGUUGGGGCAGUGACGUAAACUCACUCGGGUCAUAUAGCUACGAUGCAGUAGGAAAACCCCAUGAUCUGUAUGAAAGGCUAAGGAUCCCGGUUGACAACUUAUUCUUUGCAGGGGAAGCAACAAGUACAGACCACCCUGGCUCGGUACAUGGUGCAUACCAUACUGGUCAGCUGGCUGCAGAGGACUGCCGAAUGCGGGUCCUUGAACGUUACGGGGAGCUCGACUUGUUCCACCCGGUCAUGGGUGAGGACACCCCUGCUUCUGUCCCGUUAUUGAUAUCCCGUAUCUAAUCUAAGUCAUAUAUAAAGAUAUGGUGUGGUUUGUGAUUGUGAUCACAAUGCUAAAGAAGCUCUACUAUUAUGGACAGAAAUAAUAAAGGUUUUAUGUGAGUGAUUAGUGUGGGACUUUUCUUAAUUAUGUUUAUAAUAUUUUGUUACAUAAUUAAGUAUGAAUCUGGUGGUGUUUUUUACUUUGGAUUAGUGUAAUGUGGUAUGUUGGUUACA